GCUAAACGCUCCUGUCUGUCUAGGUCAUGAUGGCUUUGUCCAACCACCUGAACGCCGUGGAGUCGGAGAAGCAGAAGCUGCGUGCGCAGGUCCGUCGCCUGUGCCAGGAGAACCAGUGGCUGCGGGACGAACUGGCCAACACGCAGCAGAAGCUACAGAAGAGCGAGCAGUCGGUGGCUCAGCUGGAGGAAGAAAAGAAACAUCUGGAAUUCAUGAACCAGCUAAAAAAAUAUGACGACGACAUGUCUCCAUCCGAGGACAAAGACACUGACUCCACCAAAGAACCUCUGGAUGACCUUUUCCCGAAUGAUGACGAUGACCCUGGCCAAGGAAUUCAGCAGCAGCACAGCAGUGCAGCGGCCGCUGCCCAGCAGGGCGGCUACGAGAUUCCAGCGCGGCUGCGCACCCUUCACAACCUGGUCAUCCAGUACGCCUCGCAGGGCCGCUACGAGGUGGCCGUGCCCCUCUGCAAGCAGGCGCUGGAGGACCUGGAGAAGACUUCUGGCCACGACCACCCGGAUGUGGCCACCAUGCUGAACAUCCUGGCGCUGGUGUACAGAGACCAGAACAAAUACAAAGAUGCGGCUAACCUUCUGAACGAUGCCUUGGCCAUCCGCGAAAAGACCUUGGGCAAAGAUCAUCCCGCGGUGGCAGCGACCCUGAACAACCUCGCGGUGCUUUACGGCAAGAGGGGGAAGUACAGAGAAGCGGAGCCGCUGUGUAAGAGAGCGCUGGAGAUCAGAGAGAAGGUUCUGGGAAAGGACCACCCUGAUGUCGCCAAGCAGCUAAACAACCUGGCGUUGCUGUGCCAGAACCAGGGGAAGUACGAGGAGGUGGAGUAUUAUUACCAGCGAGCCCUUGACAUCUACCAGACGAAACUGGGGCCCGACGACCCCAACGUGGCCAAGACAAAGAAUAACCUGGCGUCCUGCUACCUGAAGCAAGGGAAGUUCAAGCAGGCAGAAACGCUGUACAAAGAGAUUCUCACUCGUGCGCAUGAGAGGGAGUUUGGCUCUGUAGAUGAUGAAAAUAAACCCAUCUGGAUGCAUGCUGAAGAAAGAGAAGAGUGCAAAGGAAAGCAAAAGGAUGGGACAUCUUUUGGAGAGUAUGGCGGCUGGUACAAAGCCUGCAAAGUUGAUAGUCCAACUGUUACAACCACUUUAAAAAACCUUGGGGCACUUUACAGACGUCAGGGCAAAUUUGAAGCUGCAGAAACACUGGAAGAAGCAGCCAUGAGGUCACGCAAACAGGGUCUCGACAAUGUUCACAAACAGAGGGUGGCUGAGGUGCUGAACGACCCUGAGAGCUCGGAUAAGCGUCGGAGCCGUGAGAGUCUCAACACAGACGUGGUCAAGUACGAGAGCGGCCCUGACGGGGGCGAGGAAGUGAGUAUGAGCGUGGAGUGGAACGGGGAUGGCACUGGAUCUUUAAAACGCAGUGGUUCCUUUAGCAAACUCCGGGCCUCAAUUAGACGCAGCAGUGAGAAGCUGGUUAGGAAGCUGAAGGGAGGAAGUUCCCGAGAGAGUGAGCCAAAGAACCCUGGCAUGAAGCGUGCCAGUUCUCUGAAUGUCCUUAACGUGGGUGGCAAGGCAGCAGAAGACCGUCUCCAAGAACGAGAUAAUUGUCUAGCAGACUCCAGAGCUCUGAGUGCCAGCCACACUGACCUGGCCCACUGCGGGCCGAGGCCGAGCUAGAUAAACCUGAGACUAACGGAGCCCUGAGGCCCUCACAGCUCCGCCAGGCCCCUCCGCUCUUCCUUCUCUAGAUAGUGACCUCCACCACCCACGGGAGGCUCGCCCCGAGUUCUGUUUCCUAGUGCCCGAGCGCGGCCGAAGCAUAACCAUGAGUCCCGGCAGGCGCGGUGGCCCCGGGGACUCCAGGGCAGAUGUGGUUUGGCAGCUGGCUUCAGCGCGCUCGGAACCGGCCUCUGGUCACGGACACGACACCAGACCUGUUUUAAAUUUUAGAUUUGGAAUACAGUACUUAAUAGGUUGUAAAUUAAGAAUCAGGAACCUUAAGCUACAUCCUUUGAGAGGAGAGUCUGUCUCAUGAUCUCAUGAUCCGCGCAGUGGUUGGCACCUGGCAUUUAGGGGAAAUGGGCGAUGAGAAACAGGACAAGGGAAUAAGUUGCAGGUGGCUUCCGCUCCCUCUGGGCACCGCUCCCAGGCCCCACUCUAGACCGUCCUGCUGGACACUUCCUGGGCGCCCACGGCCACCCCUGGAGCCAGUUUUCUCCUGGCCCUGUAGGUAGAGGUGCAUGUUUUCAUUUGAAAAGCAUUUGUUGUGGAGUUAGGAAACAGCGGAUUGUGACGGGAACAUUUUCAAGUCAACCCCGAGGCAUUAUCCCUGAAGGGGGUCGUGGGCCUCACCAGUAGGUUCAGAAGAUGCUAAACAAGUGACAGGACUGUAGUUCCAGACGACGACAACGUAUCAGGGCACCUCCGCGCUGAUGAGCUGAAGAGUCAUCCUUUAGAUUUGGUGGCAGUCGGACAAACUGGGUGGGCGGCCUCGGGAAAUGCUGUCAGGCUUUACGUGUGUUUUGUUUUAAUGCCGUGACACAGGCGGUAUCAGCAAGGGCCCUGGUUUUCGUUCAUUCCUAGUGACCUUGCCUCGUGCAUAGCACUGGGCUGGGGAGAGCGCUCACGGGGCUCCCUGUGCCUGCCUGGGGAGGGAACGGGACUCCGGAUUCUGCUGGGACUCACUGCUGGCUCUCUGGGGGAUCUCACUGGGGGGGGGCUCUUUCUGGGGGUGCCCUGACUCCAUGUGCCCUUCAGCCUGAGCGUGGACAUGGGCUGGAGGCAGCAGCCACGGGGGUUUUGUCACAGUGAGGCUGGACUUUAAAUUUUCUUUAAAAGUUUUCUGUAAUUUAAAUAUUACCUCGUGGCACAGGCUGCUUGUUGGUGAAAAUGCACUUUUGCCCCCAGACACGGGCUCUGGGCCGGGGCUGUGCCCUGUG